UGCUUGAUUCUAGAUUUAUAGCAAUAUGGCCGACUUUUACCGGUCAGUUUUUGUGUUUUGAUAGCUACAAUAAAAAAGUGAACUCAUCUAUAUAAAAAUAACUUAAAUAGCGCGUUUCCUUAAAAAGUUAAUUAAAUUGAAAAUAUUAUAAUAAUAUAAAAUUAUCAAACAUGGAAGCUCUUAUACCAGUUAUUAAUAAAUUGCAAGACGUCUUCAACACUGUUGGAGCUGAUGCCAUCCAAUUACCUCAGAUUGUCGUCUUGGGAACUCAGAGCUCUGGAAAAAGUUCAGUUAUAGAAAGUCUCGUUGGACGUUCUUUCCUACCACGGGGUCCAGGAAUUGUGACUCGACGCCCGCUUAUUCUUCAAUUAGUUUACAGCCCUAAAGAUAGCAAAGAACACCGAUCUGCUGAAGAAGUAAUUAGAAGCCAGCAGGCUGGGACUGAGUCAUGGAAUCCCCUUUCUCAGCUAUCUAAAUCAUUUAUGUCAGGUACAGUAAAUUUAGAAGAAUGGGGCAAGUUUCUGCAUACAAAAGAAAAGAUUUACACAGAUUUCGACCAGAUACGGGAUGAGAUUGACAGGGAAACAGAUAGGAUGGCUGGAAACAAUAAAGGCAUUUGUCCCGAACCAAUAAAUUUAAAGAUUUACUCAACCAGAGUUGUAAAUCUUACACUUGUAGAUCUUCCUGGUAUUACCAAGGUGCCAAUAGGUGAUCAACCGGAAGAUAUUGAAAAUCAAAUAAGAAACCUCAUUUUUAAACACAUUGCCAAUCCAAACUCGAUAAUAUUGGCUGUGACAGCUGCUAACACAGAUAUGGCCACUAGUGAGGCUAUCAAAAUGGCUAAAGAUGUGGACCCUGAUGGCAGAAGAACUCUAGCUGUUGUUACCAAACUAGACCUGAUGGAUGCAGGAACUGAUGCAAUAGAUAUAUUGUGUGGACGCGUGAUUCCAGUUAAACUUGGAAUCAUUGGUGUCGUCAACCGAUCGCAGCAAGACAUUAUCGAUAAGAAAACUAUAACGGAUGCGCUAAAGGACGAAGCGACGUACCUUCAAAGAAAAUAUCCGACGAUCGCAACUCGAAAUGGUACUCCACACUUGGCCAAGACACUCAACAGACUACUUAUGCACCAUAUAAGAGAUUGCUUACCAGAACUUAAGGUUCGCGUUAAUGUAAUGAUAAGCCAAUUCCAAUCCCUCCUCAACUCGUACGGCGAGGAUGUGUCAGACAAAUCGCAAACAUUGCUACAGAUUAUAACAAAGUUCGCCAGCGCCUACUGUUCGACGAUAGAGGGCACUGCACGCAAUAUUGAAACUACCGAGCUCUGUGGUGGAGCGAGGAUAUGCUAUAUUUUCCAUGAGACCUUUGGCCGUACUCUGGAUUCCAUACAUCCUUUAGUUGGUUUAACCCGUAUGGACAUAUUAACUGCUAUACGCAAUGCAACUGGACCUCGGCCUGCUCUAUUUGUACCUGAGGUGUCGUUUGAGUUGCUCGUUAAAAGGCAGAUAAGAAGACUGGAAGAUCCUUCGCAAAGAUGUGUAGAACUUGUCCAUGAAGAAAUGCAGCGUAUAGUGCAGCAUUGUGGCACUGAAGUGCAGCAGGAGCUGUUGAGGUUCCCGCGGCUGCAUCAGCGCAUAGUUGACGUUGUUACCCAGUUGUUGAGGACACGGCUGCCUGCCACCAAUUCUAUGGUGGAAAACCUAGUGGCUAUCGAACUGGCGUACAUCAACACGAAGCAUCCGGAUUUCCACCGCGAGGCUGCUCUGGUGUCCGGAUUACUGAAAAGUACGGACGGGUUUGAAGAAUUUCGCCCCAAACCCACUCGACCAGCUCCAUCGCCGGUACAUAAUAUGAUUAAACAAGUUCCCGCCAUUACUGACGGACAUGACAGAUUGCCCUCACAGAAUAGUGAAUCGCCACAGACUCCACAGAUGAAUGGCAGUCCCGAAAAUAGAUCAAUGACUCCGCAAAAGCCUGUGAACCUUCUACCCGAAGUGCCGAGUCACACAUCGAGAAAGCUCUCGGAUAGAGAACAACACGACUGUGAUGUUAUUGGUGGACGGAGCGAGAUAUCCCCUCAAAAUCGAAUGACAGUAGAGGGCAUCAGUAUGAUGCAUUUGAACCAUAUGGGUGAUUUAGUCGAACGACUGAUUAAGUCGUAUUUCUACAUCGUUCGAAAGUCGAUUCAGGACUCUGUGCCCAAAGCGGUGAUGCAUUUCUUGGUUAACUACGUGAAGGAUAAUCUACAGUCGGAGUUGGUGACUCACCUUUAUAAGUCAGACCAGGCCGAGAGCCUCCUCAACGAGUCUGAACAUAUCGCUCAGAGGAGGAAGGAGGCUGCCGACAUGCUUAAGGCUCUACAACGCGCUGGUCAAAUUAUCAGCGAGAUUCGUGAAACGCACAUGUGGUAAAGCGCCAUCUAGUCUGUGAAUUAGUUAAUUUGUUCUGUACAUAGCAUCCUGAGCUAAGGGCACACUGAAUUACGCUGUCAUUUUAACAUCUCUGUUAUCGUUGGAAAGGAUCUACGGUUUUAACCUUACAAAUUGACAAAUUGACUGAAGUCAAGCGAUAAAAAUUUAAUAAUAACAAAAUGGCAUUAAAAUGACCGUAGGACCAUCAUGUAUUUAAACAUUUCGGGUGCCUCUUGCUUCGUUUCAAAAUGGCGCAUACAAACCAAAUAAUUUUUAAUAAUCAAUUAUCAAAGGUUAUUUUUAUCAAAGUGGUCAUAAAUUUAUUUAAAACCAUUUUGUGUUAGAGACGUUUCAGCGCGCUCAACUUUCAACCCUUAGGUCGUGUGUUCGAACCCCGGCUGUGUUCACAAAACAAAACAGCAUAAAUCGACUACUAUGAAGUAUCUAGUUUGUAUGCGCAUUGUCUAUUGCUACAUGACAGUUAGAAUAUUGGAAACUAGUUAAGAAAACCAAGUUAGAAAUGAAUUUAAGUUAUAAUACUUACUGAGUUUUAAGGCUGUUAAGACCUUACUUAAGGCCAUCGCACAGUACUCAAUAAAAACACUUUUGUGCUCAGCGCCAUCUAGUGUGCGGUGGCUAGUAUUACUAAUAGGUUUCAAGUACUGUCGAUAAAUGAAAAUAAUUUCUACUUAUGUUAUGAUAAUUAUUUGAAAUGUGGUGCGUAGCGCCAUCUAGUGCGGUGGCUGUUAUUAGGCUCGUAUUUUUUUCGUAGUUGUAUAAAUUAUUAAUUAUGAACACUUAUUAGUUGAAUGUUUUUAUAGUGUGAAAAUUAGUCAGGGAAUACUCACUGCCUGAUUAUUAAUGAAAUAUAUAAAUCUACUAUUAUAAUUGCAUUAUUGAUUUGGUUAUUUAAAAAAAAAAGAAUAUCCUUAACGAUAUCAAAUAGUAUGGUUUAUGGUUAGAAAAAGGUUCUUUCUUUUAAUUCGACAACCUCAUCACAGCUAUAAACGAUUCGUUUUAAUUAUAGAAACUGAAAGUUUAUUAAUCACCUUGGGUUCAAGUAUUACGUCACGCAAUUUUUGGUGAUUAUUGACUCCCCC